CCUGGGAUGGUCCCCCCUCCUCCGGGAGAGGAGAGCCAGACGGUCAUCCUUCCACCUGGCUGGCAUAGCUACUUGUCUCCUCAGGGCCGCCGUUACUAUGUCAACACGACUACCAAUGAGACCACCUGGGAACGGCCCAGCAGUUCUCCUGGGAUUUCAGCCAGCCCUGGCCCUCACAGGAGCUCUCUGCCUCCAACAGUGAAUGGAUACCACGCAUCAGGGACCCCGGCGCACCCUCCAGAGACUGCCCACAUGAGUCUCCGAAAAUCCACCGGUGAUUCCCAGAACCUGGGAUCCUCGUCGCCAGGCAAAAAACAGAGCAAGGAGAACACCAUCACAAUAAACUGUGUGACGUUCCCCCACCCAGACACAAUGCCUGAACAGCAGCUGCUCAAGCCAACUGAAUGGAGCUAUUGUGACUACUUCUGGGCAGAUAAGAAGGACCCACAAGGCAAUGGUACGGUGGCUGGGUUUGAACUACUGCUGCAGAAGCAACUGAAAGGCAAGCAGAUGCAGAAGGAGAUGUCCGAGUUCAUGGGGGAAAGGAUAAAGAUUGAAGAGGAAUAUGCAAAGAACCUGGCUAAGCUCUCUCAGAACUCCUUGGCUGCCCAGGAGGAAGGCUCUCUGGGAGAAGCAUGGGCCCAAGUGAAGAAGAGCCUGGCUGAUGAGGCUGAAGUUCAUCUGAAGUUCUCUGCCAAGCUCCACAGUGAGGUGGAGAAACCACUUAUGAACUUCCGAGAGAACUUCAAGAAGGACAUGAAAAAGUGUGACCACCAUAUCGCUGACCUCCGCAAGCAGCUGGCCAGCCGCUAUGCCUCAGUGGAGAAGGCCCGCAAAGCCCUCACAGAGCGUCAGAAGGACCUGGAGAUGAAGACCCAGCAGCUGGAGAUCAAGUUGAGCAACAAGACUGAGGAGGACAUCAAGAAGGCGCGACGGAAGUCCACUCAGGCUGGAGAUGACCUCAUGCGCUGCGUGGACCUCUACAACCAGGCCCAGUCCAAGUGGUUUGAAGAGAUGGUGACAACCACACUGGAGCUGGAGCGGCUGGAGGUGGAGAGGGUGGAAAUGAUCCGACAACAUCUGUGCCAGUACACACAGCUACGGCAUGAGACAGAUAUGUUCAACCAAAGUACAAAUGAGCCUGUGGACCAACUGCUGAGAAAAGUGGACCCAGCCAAAGACAGGGAGCUAUGGGUCAGAGAGCACAAAACAGGCAACAUUCGCCCAGUGGACAUGGAGAUCUAG